AUGAUCACAGAUGCCGAGUUUUGGAUAGAGGUUCGCCGCAACACGAGCAACGGUGAGUGCAUCUUCUCCAGCAUGCUCGCCCUCAUUCACGCACGGCAGUCCGCCAUCGACUCGCACGUAACGACAACAGAGCGUGAGGUGUACAAGCUCACCGCGUGGGGCAAGAAGCGCCGAGACGAGGUGACGGGUCGUGUCUUGACAAGUGAGGAGAAGCAGGAGAUGGCGCUGGAGGCGAAGGAGAAGGACGCAGCGUUGAGGGAGAUGGGGAAGCCACUUGAGCCGAACAAAGCCUUCUGGGCCGGCAGACCACCAGAGGACACCCAGGCGUAUGGCGUUUCGUCGAGCACAAUGUGUGUGCUUCAGCAAGUGAUGAUGUUCGCCGUGCCCCUUUACGUGUUGCGCUACAACGUCCCCGCCAUGUCUAUGAGCUGGAACACCAGCUGCUUCAUCGACCGCCAGUCGAAGCAACUCAUUACGUUCGGUUCUGGGCACGGCGUGAAGGUGCCGCAGCACCUGCGCUGUCGCGGCUGCGUGGCAGGGGAAGGCUUCUUUGCUAUCCUCACAAGCGAGGACGAGGUCUGGUCAUCCGGCGGGCUGAAGGUGUCGAGCUCAUCCGUUGAUGGGCCGACGGCGCUCGGUCGCGAGGACGCGAUGACGGGCAUUGCUGGCAAGACCCUAAUGCUGGUGGGGCACGGGCAGCGCCUCGCCAUUGUGACGCGCGCCUUCACGGUGCGCUCGCUCUCCGCGCUGUCGAACCAGACUCGGUCAAUUAUACCGUCCCGCCAUGUUCGCUUCUUGGACUUAGGCUACGGCGAGGACUACUACAUGGUCGGUACUGACUCCACCGUUUACAAGACCACAGCAUCGAGGCGCGCAGUGAGCACACCACGGCGGGUGAUGACGCUGUGCCGCACCCCCGUCUCUCGCGUCGCCAGCGGUAUGGGAUUUUUGCUGAUUAUUGACCAGAACGGUCAUCUCUAUACGUUGGGCCGCAACAAGAAGGGGCAGCUCGGUAAUGGCAUGGUGCAAGAUGCACGGCGCAAGCCGUACUUGCAGGAUAAGCUCACCCAUCACUACUUUGUUCAGGUGUCCGCUGGUGACUGCCAUUCCUUGGCGUUGGCGAGCAAUGGCAUUGUCUACGGUACGGGAAGCAACGAGAGCGGCCAGCUUGGCCUCGGGCGGGGUCUGAAGCAGGUGUGCACAUUCACACCCAUUCCGCUUGGCAGUAAUGUGCGGUGCAUCGGCAUCGCGGCUGGCCCGGCGGGGAGCAUGUUCUACUGCGAGAAUGGCCAGGUGCUUGCCUGCGGUCUUAAUGACAGCAUGCAGCUCGGACUGGAGACUACCGAAAAGAUUGUCUACGAAGCGACGCCCAUUACGGUGCUUGCCAAUGGCGUCGAGUCCUACACGCUGGACUUCGGAGGCUUUCGCCGCCCGGAAGGGAACAGCAUAGAUGCGCUAGAGGGCAUGAGUGGCGCAGCUGGCAAGAACGGCGGCAUCUCCACCGCCUCGCCCGCCUUGGGCGGCUCCUUCAGCUCAAAAAAAGUGCUCACUAACCAGGACCAGACGGAGCUAGCAGUCACAAAUCUCUCCGCGAAAUCGGAAAUCAACGUGACGGAUGCCAACAACGGCGAUGCCAACCUCGCACGGAAGGAAACGGUGCUGCUUGACGAAAAUGACAAUAGUGAAGAGAAUCACCAGCCGGUAGAAGAUGCCAUCCCUGUGCAUCCCUCCCUUUCUCAGAAUCCGAAGCGUAGCAAUCAGGCACAGGCACGAUUGAAGAACAUGGGUGAUAAUGGAAACAGUGACGCAGCCACACGACGAAAAAAGAGCACGGCGAGAAAGCAGAAGUCCCAGUGCGCCUGCUGCACUGUCACCUAG